AUGGAGGAGACCCCUCCAGCCACAGCGGGCGGAGAGGCUGCUCCGACGGCUUCAGUGGGAGCCACGGCGGGGGCGCCCCCCAUAGAGCCAACUGCGGAGGAGGUCACGGCGGAGACGCCACUGGAGGCGCCAACUGCAAGGACAGCCAUAGCAGAGCUACCCCUGGUAGCGACCAUGGCAGAGACACCCCCAGCAACUGGUGCGGCAGAGGUGCCCCUGGCGGUGGUCAGAGUAGAUGCUGCAGAAGCAGGGGAUGAACCGGAGGUGGUGCAUGGGAGGCACCUCCUCCUGAGCCAGGUGGAGGUCCCUCUUCCCCGCCUCCUGGUCAAGGCCAAGCGGGUGAUGGAGGAGGCCAAAGCGGGCUUCCGGCGGGAGUGGGAGAAGCUCGAGGUGGAGUGUCUUCAGCUCUCUGACUGGGAGCCCCAGCUGGGGAACCGUAUCCAGGUGGUGUCCUCCCGCGCCACCGAGAAACAGGCCAAGUUCGAGCAGGAGCACGAGGACCUCAAUGAGAAGAUGCGUAGGAUCUUUGACCGGGAGGUCUCGGUCAUCUCCCGGGAGAGGGCGGUGGCCCGGAAGGAGAAAGAGGUGGAGCUAAAGGAGCGGACGGAUCGUCACACCAUCAACACUGCCAAGGCCAUGGCAAAGACGAUUGACGACGAGCAGGCCGCCCUCAACUAUCGAGAGCAAAACCUGUCCCUCCGGGAGGUGGCCGUCAAGGAGGAGGAGGCCCGCCUCUCCGCCCUCCGUACUGCAAGUGCCGCGGACCUCCAGCUGAUGCCAUCCUCGACUGCCCCAGCCCCCGAGUCUUCGACUCGGGAGGAAUCGUCGAGUGCUGGGCCAGUCGCCGCUGCGCCAGCCCCCGAGGCAUCGGCCCCCGAAGGGUCGACGCCCGCGGAAGCAACCCCCGAGGCCGACGUCGCGCUGCCCGACCUGCCGCCUCUCGAGCCCCAACAAGUCGAGGCCCCUUGCGCCGCUCCAGCAGAUGGCGCAGGUGCCAAGCAGCUGACUACUGAGGAAGCCGUGGGAACCUCCGGGGGACCCGACGAGCUGCUGCUGGCCGGAUCGGGUAGUCAGGAAACCGUCGCCACCGACCGGAUGGACGACCUGCUAUUGACGGACGACAAUAGCGUGAUCGCCCGCUCCCAGAAACAAGCAGAGGAAUUGAAGGCCCUUGCCCGCAAUCGCAAGGAACUCGAUGCCCUGAAGAGGCGCCUUGACAACGAGGAGACGGAGAAUGCACAUCUUACGAAAGUCAACGCCGAGCUCCGGCAGCAACUCGAGGCACAGAGGAAAGAGCUCGAGGCGCAUAGGGAGCAGCUCAAGGAGCAAAGGAAGGCGCACCAAGGGUAG